AUGGGGAAGGCCGACAAUUACGAGCUGUCCUCAGUGGAGGUGGGUGGUAACAAGACAGGCAAGAUGAACAAGAAGAGCGGCGGUGGGGGCAAGAGGAAGGAUAAACUGGAGAACAUGAAGAAGGAAAUGGAAAUCAAUGAUCACCAGCUGUCAGUGACCGAGCUGGAACAGAAAUAUAAGACCAGUGCCACCAAGGGCCUGUCUGCGCGCCUGGCGGCCGAGCUGCUGCUGCGAGAUGGACCCAAUGCCCUGCGGCCACCCAAGGGCACCCCAGAGUAUGUCAAGUUUGCGCGACAGCUGGCUGGUGGCCUGCAGUGCCUCAUGUGGGUGGCCGCUGCCAUCUGCCUCAUUGCCUUUGCCAUUCAGGCCAGUGAGGGUGACCUCACGACUGAUGACAAUCUCUAUCUAGCCCUGGCCCUGAUCGCUGUGGUUGUGGUCACCGGCUGCUUCGGCUACUACCAGGAGUUCAAGAGCACCAACAUCAUCGCCAGCUUCAAGAACCUUGUGCCCCAGCAAGCAACGGUGAUCAGAGAUGGGGACAAGUUCCAGAUCAACGCUGAUCAGCUUGUGGUUGGUGACCUGGUGGAGAUGAAGGGUGGGGACCGCGUUCCCGCCGACAUCCGCAUCCUGCAGGCCCAGGGCUGCAAGGUGGACAACUCCUCGCUGACCGGCGAGUCCGAGCCGCAGACCCGCUCCCCUGAAUGCACCCACGAGAGCCCCCUGGAGACCCGCAAUAUCGCCUUCUUCUCCACUAUGUGCCUCGAGGGCACAGCACAGGGCCUGGUGGUGAAUACGGGGGACCGCACCAUCAUUGGGCGCAUCGCCUCGUUGGCAUCUGGGGUGGAAAAUGAAAAGACGCCCAUUGCCAUCGAGAUCGAACACUUUGUGGACAUCAUCGCGGGCCUGGCCAUCCUCUUCGGGGCCACGUUUUUUGUGGUGGCCAUGUGCAUCGGCUAUACCUUCCUGCGGGCUAUGGUCUUCUUCAUGGCCAUUGUGGUCGCCUAUGUGCCUGAGGGGCUGCUGGCCACUGUCACAGUCUGCCUGUCCCUGACAGCCAAGCGACUGGCCAGCAAGAACUGUGUGGUCAAAAACCUGGAAGCGGUGGAGACACUGGGCUCCACAUCGGUGAUCUGCUCUGAUAAGACAGGGACCCUCACUCAGAACCGCAUGACUGUGUCACAUCUGUGGUUCGACAACCACAUCCACACAGCCGACACGACAGAGGACCAAUCAGGUCAGACCUUUGACCAGUCCUCGGAGACGUGGCGGGCGCUGUGCCGCGUGCUCACCCUGUGCAACCGCGCUGCCUUCAAGUCGGGUCAGGACUCGGUGCCCGUGCCCAAGCGCAUAGUGAUCGGGGACGCGUCCGAGACAGCUUUGCUCAAGUUCUCCGAACUGACUCUGGGCAACGCCAUGGGCUACCGCGACCGCUUUCCCAAAGUCUGCGAGAUCCCCUUCAACUCCACCAACAAGUUUCAGCUGUCUAUCCACACCCUGGAGGACCCCCGGGACCAGCGGCACCUGCUAGUGAUGAAGGGCGCCCCGGAGCGUGUUCUGGAGCGCUGUAGCUCCAUCCUCAUCAAGGGCCAGGAGCUGCCGCUGGACGAACAAUGGCGUGAAGCCUUCCAGACUGCCUACCUCAGCCUGGGGGGCCUGGGCGAACGCGUCCUGGGCUUCUGUCAGCUCUACCUGAAUGAGAAGGACUACCCACCUGGCUUUUCCUUCGAUGUGGAUGCCAUGAACUUUCCAACUAGUGACCUGUGCUUUGCGGGACUCGUAUCCAUGAUUGACCCACCCCGGGCCACCGUCCCUGAUGCUGUGCUCAAAUGCCGCACAGCAGGCAUCCGGGUGAUUAUGGUGACAGGUGACCACCCCAUCACCGCCAAGGCCAUUGCAGCCAGUGUGGGUAUCAUCUCUGAAGGCAGCGAGACCGUGGAGGACAUUGCUGCUCGCCUCCGUGUGCCCGUGGACCAAGUCAACCGGAAGGAUGCUCGCGCCUGUGUAAUCAAUGGCAUGCAGCUGAAGGAUAUGGACCCAUCGGAGCUGGUGGAGGCCCUACGCACGCACCCGGAGAUGGUGUUCGCGCGCACCAGUCCCCAGCAGAAGCUGGUGAUUGUGGAGAGCUGCCAGCGACUGGGGGCAAUUGUGGCUGUGACGGGGGAUGGUGUGAAUGACUCCCCAGCCCUGAAGAAGGCAGACAUUGGCGUGGCCAUGGGCAUUGCCGGCUCGGAUGCUGCAAAGAACGCAGCUGAUAUGAUCUUGCUGGAUGACAACUUCGCUUCCAUUGUGACUGGCGUGGAGCAGGGCCGACUGAUCUUUGACAACCUGAAAAAGUCCAUUGCCUACACCCUGACCAAGAACAUCCCUGAGCUGACACCCUACCUCAUUUACAUCACCGUCAGCGUGCCCCUGCCCCUCGGCUGCAUCACCAUCCUCUUCAUUGAGCUUUGCACAGACAUUUUCCCAUCCGUGUCCCUGGCAUAUGAGAGGGCUGAGAGCGACAUCAUGCACCUGCGUCCACGGAACCCUCGGCGUGACCGACUGGUCAACGAGCCCCUGGCAGCCUACUCAUACUUCCAGAUCGGCGCCAUCCAGUCCUUUGCUGGCUUCACCGACUACUUCACGGCCAUGGCCCAGGAGGGCUGGUUCCCGUUGCUGUGUGUGGGGCUGCGGCCACAGUGGGAGGAUCAUCACCUACAAGAUCUGCAGGACAGCUAUGGCCAGGAGUGGACGUUCGGGCAGCGCCUGUACCAGCAGUACACCUGCUACACCGUGUUCUUCAUCAGCAUCGAGAUGUGCCAGAUAGCUGAUGUCCUCAUCCGCAAGACCCGCCGCCUCUCGGCCUUCCAGCAAGGCUUCUUCAGGAACAAGAUCCUGGUGAUCGCCAUCGUGUUCCAGGUCUGCAUCGGCUGCUUCCUCUGCUACUGCCCCGGAAUGCCCAACAUCUUCAACUUCAUGCCCAUCCGGUACCAGUGGUGGCUAGUCCCCAUGCCCUUCGGUCUCCUCAUCUUCGUCUAUGAUGAAAUCCGGAAACUUGGAGUUCGCUGCUGCCCAGGGAGCUGGUGGGACCAGGAACUCUACUACUAGAAGGACCGCGGCCGGGCCGGACACCUGGGCCCCUCUG